AACAAACCUUUGCGGCACAACUGCAGCAUUCGCAAUCGGAUCAGCUAACAUGUGGACACAAGCAGGUUAUAUAGGACCCAGAGGCUCCGUGAAAACUCCACGGUUACACAAUGCUGGUCUCACCCAACAAGGAUCGUGAUUGGCUUCGAAACCGGUUCUGGAUCACCAUCUCGGCAACCUCAGGUCCUUCCUCCUGUGGUAAGAUUUAAGAUCUUACAAUUGGAAACCUACAUGAACGCAUGACUUCCCUGUGUUCAGGUCGAACAUUCAGCAACCGUUCCCUUUCGUUAUUAUGGCUACCGAAUCUCCUUUCCCUCCCGUUCAAAUCCCAGAGAUUGACAUCUGGGACUUCCUCUUUGAACAAGAGAGAGACUUCCCGGACGAAAGAGUGGUUUUUCACCAGCCCAACGCCGCUCGACAGUACAGGUUCAUCGACGUUAAAAAUACUGGAGCCGCCUUUGGUCAUGCUCUCCGCUCCCUGUGGGACUGGCAAAAAGGCGACGUUCUGGGCUGGUACUCGCCCAACUGCGCUUUGGUGACACAAUCAUCUUGUCUAGGCAAAGCUCUUGAAGCUGCGAAGAUUGUGGGGAUACCCCGUGACCGCAUUCUGCUGAUUGGCAAUGGGACACAUUCAGACGUUCUGCAUUUCGUCGAUUUUCUCUCCGAUGCGAGGUACACGGACCCGACAGGUCGUGUUGUCAAUUCCCCCGGAGAUACUGCCUAUAUCCUUUAUUCGAGUGGAACGACCGGAUUGCCCAAAGGUGUUCAAACUACACAUCGAAAUGUAGUCUUCAAUCUGCUAUCGUAUCAGUCAAUUCAAGAAGAUCUGAGUGGUAAGGUGGGACCAGACGGCCGAGGAGACUGUAUUAUAUGCGUGCUCCCUUUCUUUCACGCUUUUGGGUUGAUUCUUGUGAUGACCCAUGCGUUGAAGAUCGGAUACAAGGCUAUUGUAAUGCCCAGUUUUGAUCUUGAAGCUUAUUGCCGGACGAUCCAAGAACACCGAGUCACUUUCCUUCAUAUGGUGCCUCCCAUUGUUCUUGCUCUCAGCAAGUCGCCAGUCGUCGACAAGUACGAUUUGAGUUCUGUGAAGAGUGGUCUUGCGGGGGCUGCUCCGGUUGCACGCGAACUGGUUGAUGCCCUUUGGAAACGGCUGAAGAUUCCGGUCAAGCAAGGAUAUGGGAUGACAGAAUUGACUGUCCUUACCUUUCUUCAAGGAUCGAAUGACUGGAGACGCAAAAUCGGAUCUAUUGGCAACCUAUUGCCUAACAUGUCGGCCAAAAUCAUGUCAGAAUCUGGAGCUCCUACACCCAUUGGAGAGAACGGAGAGAUCUGGGUCAAAGGCCCCCACGUAUGUGCCGGCUAUCUCAACAAUUCUACCGCCACAGACAAUAUGAUGACCCUAGAUGGCUUCCUGAAAACAGGAGAUAUUGGAUAUCAGAACAAGGAAGGCGACUUUUACGUCACCGAUCGACUAAAAGAGCUCAUCAAGUAUAAGGCACUCCAAGUUGCACCUGCCGAACUUGAAGGUGUACUCUGCGGUCACGGGAAACUGGCUGAUGCGUGUGUCGUGGGCGUCUAUAAUGCCGAUCGAGCCACAGAAAUACCUCGGGCGUAUGUUGUGAAGGCGGCAUCUGCAAAAGAUGUCGAAGAUUCGGUUCUCGAGAAGGAAAUCCAGGAGUGGUUCAAUGGAAAGGUUGCCAAUCAUAAACAGUUAAGAGGAGGCAUUCGAUUUACCGACAUGAUUCCAAAAUCAGCUUCGGGGAAGAUCCUCAGGAGGAUUGUGAGGGACAGGAUGAGGGCUGAAGAGCUCAAGAAAGAGGUCGCGAAGACAAAACUGUGAACUUGAAAAAAAUUCUCAGAACUCGAUUAUCAAUUCUUCGUUUGCUCAACAACUGUUAUUACGCCAUCGAUAUAUAUG